AUGCCGGCAAGCUACACCAUAUACUGUCAGUUUAAAUCCUCCAUACGCUCGCAACGUACUAACCUACCCAGAACAACAACUGACUCGCUCGUCAACUGGACCCGCCAAGGCUCCUUCUGGCCCCUCGCCUUCGGUCUCGCCUGCUGCGGCGUCGAGAUGAUGGCCGCGUCCAUGCCCCGAUAUGACCAAGACCGACAGGGCAUCAUCUUCCGCGCCUCGCCCCGCCAAGCCGAUGUCAUGAUCGUCGCUGGAACAGUGACCAACAAGGUGGCGCCGGCGCUGCGACAGCUGUACGAUCAGAUGCCGGAUCCGAAGUGGGUGAUAAGUAUGGGAAGUUGUGCGAAUGGGGGCGGGUAUUAUCAUCACUCGUAUAGUGUUGUCCGGGGCUUGGAUCGGUUGGUCCCGGUGGAUAUCUAUGUGCCUGGUUGUCCCCCGAUGCCGGAGGCACUUUUAUAUGGUAUUCUCCAGCUGAAGAGGAAAAUCAAAGGUACAAAGGUGACGAGGAUGUGGUACCGGAGAUAA